CCGCAAAACCUCUCAAAAUGACCUCCGUUGGCACUCUUUGGACGCAGCCUCGUCAGGACUAUGGCAAGCGUAUCCGCGCGAUCGCGGCAUACGUAGGGCUCAGUGUCGAUCCUCCCGCUACCUACGUGCACAUGGAGACCAACAAGUCGCCAGAAUACCUCGCCAAAUUCCCCCACGGCAAGAUCCCCGCGUUAGAGACGAAGGACGGCUUCAAGCUGUUUGAGACUCCCGCCAUUGCGCGCUACAUCGCUGCUUUGGCCCCCAACUCCACCCUCAUGGGCGAGAACAUCAAAGAGGCCGCCCUCAUUGACCAGUGGGCAUCCUUUUCCGACAGCGAACUCAACGCACCCGGCCGCAUCGUCUCCCAGCUGCUCCGCGGCUCGAUCGCCCCUUACACCAAGCCCCUCCAUACCAUCUUCCUCGAGCGCGUGCAGCGCGCGCUCCACACUCUCGAGCAGCACCUCGCCACCCGCACCUUCCUCGUCACAGAGCGCAUCACGCUCGCCGACAUCGCCCUUGCCUCUGUCGUCCAGUACCAGACCCCGUUCCUCCUCGACGCGCCCCUCCGUGCGAAAUAUCCCAACGUCAUCCGCCACUGUGAGACCAUCGUCAACCAGCCAUCCAUGAAGGACGCAUUCGGCCCGCUCGAGUUGUGCGAGAAGGCAUUGCAGUACGUGCCCCCUGCGAAGGAGAAGAAGGAGCCGAAGCCUGCGGCAGCACCCGCGCCAAAGGCGGAGAAGAAGCAUAAGAAGGAAGAGGAAGAGGAGGAGGAUGAUCUGGUGCCCAAGGAGGAGAAGGUCAAGAACCCCCUGGACGACCUUCCCAAGUCCAAACUCAAUCUCGAGGACUGGAAGCGUGCGUACUCCAACAAGGACACAUGCGGUGCGGGCGGCGCGCUCGAGUGGUUUUAUGAGAACUACGACCCCGAGGGCUUCUCCGUCUGGCGCGUGGACUUCAAGUACAACAACGAACUCACGCAGACGUUCAUGUCGUCGAACCAGAUCGGCGGGUUCUUCAACCGCCUCGAGGCAUCGCGUAAAUAUCUGUUCGGGUCGAUGGGCGUCCUCGGCGAGACGAACAACUCGAUUAUCACCGGUGCGCUCAUCGCGCGUGGGCAGGACAUCAAGCCUGUCGUCGACGUCGCGCCCGACUGGGAAUCGUACAUGUACAAGAAGCUCGACCUCAGCAACCCCGAGGACAAGGCGUUCUUCGAGGGUGCCCUCGCGUGGGAUCUGGUGAUCGAUGGUAAGAAGUGGGUUGAUGGGAAGAACUUCAAGUAGACGUUCUCUCCCUUUGUAAUUUUGUUUCAUUCCGUCUGCUAGAACAUCUGUGCUGUUUCCCGUACCUCUCACUCCGGCGGAUGUGUUGUGUUGUUGCAGUAUCUGACACCCCGAAACGAUGAAAACAGUGUAUCCAUAUGACCAUGCCUUUGGUGCCGCGUAAGACGUGGGUGAAAGCCGUAUUGGUAGCCGCGGAGUAAGGUGAUACAGUAUG